AUGAAUGUGCGCAGUAUUUCGGCGCAGCACCUGCCGCCUGCGUCCGCGCAGUGUCAAGUGCGACGUGUCCAUACAUCCGUGUACGUAGAAAUCAGAGAAAGCCGUGACCCGCUCGCAUCUCGGCUACCGGUUCUUAUCUCAGCGACAACGGCUUCGCCCUGCGCUGAGGGAGGCGGCGAGUGCUUUAGACCGAGGAGUCGCGACUUCGAUCCGAUCAAAAAUUCAAGUUGUCAUUUUUGGAGAGAUUAUUAA